GCGUGCUACAGAUCCAAGAGUUGGUCUUCAAAGUGAGAGAAGUCAACUUAGGCGUUUCCUACAAAGCUAUAUAUUUUUUGGGGCCCGGUUAUUAACACAAAAGGGGACCAUGGUUAUGUUGAAGAUCUCUGCUUUCCUUGUUGCCUAUGCCUUGGUCAUUUGCCAGAUGUACAGCUCACAAGCAGCCCCCACCAGAACAGGCAUAGAGUCCAUGACAGACCAAGUCACGCUCACGGACUACGAGGCACGGAGGUUACUCAAUGCCAUAGUCAAGGAGUUUGUGCAGAUGACAACUGAAGAGCUGGAGCAGGAAGUGACUGAAGGCAAUAGCAUUACAACACAGAAGCGAGCCUGUAACACAGCCACCUGCGUGACUCACCGCCUAGCAGAUUUUCUGAGCCGGUCGGGGGGCAUGGGCAACAGUAACUUUGUCCCCACUAACGUAGGCUCUAAGGCUUUUGGCCGGCGGAGGAGAAACACACAGAUGUGAACAUUCCAACAACCUUCAGGAUGUUGACCCUCCUUAACGCGAUGACAUCAGAACAUAUCUGGGAGAAAACAACAAAACAAACAGAAAAAAACACUGGCUUUAUUAUCCACUCUCCCACAGUCUACACAAAGAAACCCCUUCAGAUUGUAGGACUCCUCUCAUUCCCAUAAUGUUAUGAACCUUUCAUUUUGCUUUUUGCAAACCAGAGGGGGGAAAAAUGAAAAAAUGACAACAACCUAUGUUCCUAUGUUAUGUACAUUGACAGCUGAAUCCGAUUCCUUUUUUUUAUACAUUAAAUUCAUUUGAAAUGAAUGGAGAAAGCAUCAGUGCUUAUUUAUGAUUUAUUAUCUAUUGUCUUAGAGCACAUUUGUACCAUGUGACCCAUUUGCCCUGUCACUCAUAUACCCCCUGUCCCCAUGGCAACUGUGACCCGCAGGGAUAGACAUUAAAGAUCAGCUUUCCCUUGGCUCCCUCACAACUGCUGUCUUGUGCCUUGAUGUAAAAAAAACUUUACAUGACAUGAUUGUCCAGUAUGUUUCAAGAUUAUAAGAAGAUUACGAAGAAGAGAAUGAAGAGGAAAAAUAUUCAAGAGAUUAAUAUUGUAACAAUUGUGAAUUUCAGCAAGAUUAAAAUGUAUUUUAGAUACAUUUGG